UUUUUUGAUCUGCACACAAUGUUGCUGGAUGAAUACCAAGAACGACUCUUUGUGGGAGGCAGGGAUCUCAUCUAUUCCCUGAACCUGGAAAGAAUCAGUGAUGGCUACAAAGAGGAAUGUAUUUUACCCUAGCAAUGUUUAAGAACCAGUGGAAGAGUUGUCUGUUGGUGACAGUAGUAAAUAAUGACAGAUAAGAAAGUGUGCCCGUUUUGUUUAUGUAUGGCAAGAAUUGACAGUCCAGAAGACCCCAGUAUUCAGUUCCAGAUACAUUGGCCUAGCACAGCAGCAAAAAUAGAAGACUGCAUGAUGAAAGGAAAAGAUGUAAGUGACUGUGCAAAUUAUGUUCGGGUACUACAUCACUAUAACAGGACACACCUUUUGACUUGUGCUACUGGAGCUUUUGAUCCACUAUGUACAUUCAUCCGAGUUGGGUACCAUUUGGAGGAUCCGUUGUUUUACCUGGAAUCGCCCAGGUCUGAGAGAGGAAGGGGCAGAUGUCCUUUUGACCCCAGCUCCUCCUUCGUCUCCACUCUAAUUGGUAGUGAGCUGUUCACUGGACUCUACAGUGACUACUGGAGCAGAGACUCUGCCAUCUUCCGCAGCAUGGGGAGACUGGCCCACAUUCGCACGGAGCAUGACAAUGAGCGGCUGCUGAGAGAACCAAAGUUUGUAGGGUCUUAUAUGAUUCCUGACAAUGAAGAUCGAGAUGACAACAAAGUCUAUUUCUUUUUCACUGAAAAUGCCUUGGAGGCAGAAAAUAGUCCCCAUGCCAUAUACACCCGAGUGGGACGACUCUGCGUGAAUGAUGUGGGAGGGCAGAGAAUACUGGUGAAUAAAUGGAGCACGUUUCUCAAAGCAAGGCUGGUUUGCUCAGUACCAGGCACGAAUGGAAUUGAUACCUAUUUUGAUGAAUUAGAGGAUGUGUUUUUACUGCAUACCAAAGACCCUAAGAACCCAGUAAUAUUUGGACUGUUCAACACCACCAGUAACAUAUUUAGAGGACAUGCUAUAUGUGUCUAUCACAUGUCAAGCAUCCGGGCAGCCUUUAACGGCCCAUAUGCACAUAAGGAAGGACCUGAGUACCACUGGUCGCUAUAUGAAGGAAAAGUCCCUUACCCAAGACCUGGUUCUUGUGCCAGCAAGAUGAAUGGAGGGAGAUUUGGAACCACCAAAGACUAUCCUGAUGAUGCCAUUCGAUUUGCAAGAAGCCAUCCACUGAUGUACCAGCCCAUAAAACCUGCUCAUAAAAAGCCAAUACUGGUCAGAACUGAUGGGAACUACAACCUGAAGCAAAUAGCAGUAGAUCAUGUGGAAGCUGAGGAUGGCCAAUAUGAUGUUUUAUUUAUUGGGACAGAUACUGGAAUUGUGCUUAAAGUAAUCACAAUUUACAACCAAGAAACAGAAUCAAUGGAAGAAGUUAUCUUAGAAGAACUUCAAAUAUUCAAGGAUCCAGUUCCUAUCAUUUCUAUGGAAAUUUCUUCAAAAAGACAACAGCUCUAUAUUGGAUCCACUUCUGCUGUGGCCCAAGUCAGAUUCCAUCACUGUGACAUGUAUGGAAGUGCUUGUACUGACUGCUGCCUGGCUCGAGACCCUUACUGUGCCUGGGAUGGCAUAUCUUGUUCCCGCUACUACCCAACAGGAACACAUGCAAAAAGGCGGUUCCGCAGACAAGAUGUCCGGCAUGGCAAUGCAGCCCAGCAAUGCUUUGGACAGCAGUUUGCUGGAGAUGCUUUGGAUAAAACAGAAGAGAGGCUAGCUUACGGCAUAGAGAAGAACAGUACCUUGCUGGAAUGUACCCCGCGAUCUUUACAAGCAAAAGUCAUUUGGUUUGUACAGAAAGGACAUGAAACAAGGAAAGAUGAGGUAAAGACAGAUGACAGAGUGGUUAAGAUGGACCUGGGUUUACUCUUCCUCAGGAUACACAAAUCAGAUGCUGGGAUUUAUUAUUGCCAGACAGUAGAGCACAGUUUUGUUCACACUGUGCGCAAAAUCACCCUGGAGGUUGUGGAAGAAGAGAAAGUAGGGGAAAUGUUUCAUAAAGACUAUGAAGGGGAUGGGCCCCACAGGAUGCCUUGUCCUUCCCAGAGCAGUAGCAUCCCCCAGGGAGUAAAACCCUGGUACAAAGAAUUCCUGCAGCUAAUUGGCUAUAGCAACUUCCAGAGAGUGGAAGAAUAUUGUGAAAAGGUGUGGUGCACAGAUAAGAAGAGGAAAAAGCUCAAGAUGUCUCCCUCCAAGUGGAAGUACGCCAACCCACAGGAGAAGAAGCUCCGCUCCAAGCCGGAGCACUUCCGCCUGCCCCGGCAUGUGCUGCCCUCCUGACCCAGCACCAUGUACUAAAGAAGAAAAUCAGGAAGCAUCCAACCUCUUUCAACUACUGAGAAGACUUUUCUGUCGUAGAUAAAGGCUAUGAAGGUGUUAUGAUAAAUUAUGCUCCAUAUGCACGGGAAAAGACCUCUCACAAUACUGAUUUUUAAAUAAGUGUAUUUCUUAAUGGCCUCAUAUUAUAUUUAUCAAAGCAGUGACCAUAGUUGUGGUUUUGAGUUUGAGCUGCUUUUCCAUGGAAAUUAUUAUUUUGCCUUUGGGAGACUUACUAGAAUGUUGAAGAAAAGGAAAUUUCAUAAUCAUGGAAAAUAUAGAAAUAAAUGUUUCAAUCUUUUUGGAUUUUUCCUUAUAGAUGAGGUAACUAUGCAGAGUAUUGGAUGUUUUCACAUUCUUAUGUGAACUUUCUAUUUUGGGGGAAUUGUGCUCAUGUUUUAAGCCAAGUUUUAAGUAGCCAGUAUGUUGUAGAAAUCUGUGGUCACCUUGCACUCUGCCCUUAAAGACCAAGCCACAGUCACAACAUCGAUAUUUCAUAAAUACAUUCUUUAUUAUCACACCAGUGUGGAUAGGAGGUCAGAUGGUUCUCAAAAAUGUCAAGACUGUCAAAAACAUGUAGUAGUCUAACUAAAAAGAUUUGCAUUACCCUCCUCUGGCCAGAAAGCACACAUUCUCAUCUAUUUCUACAAUUGUGUGAAAAGAUCUGAAAUCAUCAAUGAAUCAUAUCCAGUCCAUUUUCAGAAAGAUAAAAAUGUAAUGUUUAUGUCAUGAUGUAAGAUGAAAGUGUUGUAUAUGCAGGUAAUUUAUGACAUCACAAGUUACAAAUGAAUUUUUGGGUCUUCUCUGAAGUUUAAGAUAAUUUGGAAGUAUGUUUGUUUUAUUUGGAAACAAACUAUUGAAAUAUUUUACUUUCAGAUGCCAAAUAUUCCCUUUUAUUUUAA